AUGCACCAACUAUUGGACGCUGAAACACCGCCGGAUUUGCGCUGUAUAGGCUGGAAACAAACCGACAGUUGCGAUCUCAAGGCGAAAGAAGUGCCUACCAAGAAUCGAGGCUGCGACCAGUUCGUGCGUGGUGGAAUUGGCGGUUAUUGUCUGAUGAAAGAUGGGGAUACUGGACAGGAGAUUCGGGUGAUGCACACAGCGUGUGAUUCUUUGCACCCCAGUGUGACGCUGAGCAUUUUGAUGGUAAUUUAUCCGAAGCUACUGGUGAGCGCAUACGCUUCGAUUCGUGCAUUGCGAGCAGUGAAUUGUACGCUGUCAGUGGAAUUGUGGUAUAUCGAGUCUGAAAUGGACAUUGGCAAUGGAGCUUCUUUGCUAGCUGAUAUCCCCAAGAUACUACAGGAAGAAUAUGGGCCGUUAACGUUGCGUUCGAUCACAGAUGCAAGAGUAGCAGGCUUCAACUCGAAGGUGUAUGCUAUCACGCACACUGAGUUCGAACAUGUUUUGUUCCUGGAUGCAGAUAACGUCCCGGUUCGAGAUCCUAGUUAUUUGUUUAGUACCCCCGAGUUCGUGAAAACUGGAGCUAUUCUCUGGCCGGACUUUUGGCAUCCAGCAAACACGAUUUUCAACAUCAACGAAGACUCGUUACUAUGGGAAUUAUUAGACAUGCCAUUUACAGACAUGUACGAGCAGGAAAGUGGACAGCUAGUGAUCGACAGGACGAAGAGCUCAGCGGCAUUGCGCAUGCUAUCCCUCUUCGCCUUUCACGACCCAAAUCUGUUCACUCGAUAUAAAUUGGUACACGGUGACAAGGACCUUUUCCGUCUUGCAUGGCUCAAAACCAAAACUCCUUUUCACAUGAUCGCCAACCCACCAGGAAUUGCUGGUACAGUGCGUGAGACGAAGUUCUGCGGCAUGUCGAUGGCUCAAUUCGAUACGGAUGGUGAAGUAUUAUUCCUACACCGCAAUGCUAAAAAGCUGAAAGGUGGACUUGGAGCAAAACGCAAACCUGAUGAGCAAAUUUGGUCACAUUUGCAGCUUUUCCAGUACCGUGCUUCUUCAUCCCACGCAUCCGAAAAAUAUUCGGUUCACUUUUUUAAUGGUGCACCCGAGUUCGACCAGACACAAUGGUGCUAUGGCGAGUCGAAGCUGGCAGCACCCAAUUUUAAAACUAUCGCGUGGGAAGACACAGCGUUUCCACACGUGGAGGAAAAGUUGUUGAUGUAUGCGAAUGAGGCAGUGGCACUAUUGCCGACGUCUGCAGUGGAGUACAUUGUGCAAAGUGACCGCGAGGAGGCAAGUUGA